CGUCUCUCUCCUCUCGACCGGCGAGCAGUGUCAACUCAAGAGCCUCCGGGGAAAAAAUGGCUGCUUCUUGCUCUCGCCUCGCACGUUCGGCUCAGAGAUCGCUCCUCCCCACUGAAACCCUCCCAAGCCUUCGCUGCCAACAACGACCUCCAUUUCCACAGCGAAACGCAGUCCUCGCGCUUCUAUCUCAAGGAAGACGAUACUCUCCCCAGCACGUCGUCAAAUCGCCGUUCGAUGCUCACAUUCUCAGAAUCCUCGACAGCCGGAUUGAGCUCGAGUCGGAGUACCCCGUCCUUGAGCCUCCUACGAAGUUCGAGUCCUAUGCUGUUCAAGAUCAACCGGGUCAACGGUGGGUCACACUGAGAAGGAAUUUUGGCGAUGGAGAGCAUAUUAAAAUUGAAGCAACCUCAUUUGAUGCGGCUGUACUUGUUCAAAAACCUGGUGAAGACAACUCUCGGCAAGAUAUGCGUCUGCAUAUAAGUUUACUGGUUGAUGUAUCUAAAGGAAAUGGUUGUGAAAUGCUGGAGUUUCUAUGCUCAGCAUGGCCAGACUCUUUGGAGAUUCGGAAUGUCUACCUAUUUAGAAAGGAAAUGCAGGAGAAGAUGCAUUCGUGGCCUUACAUGGGACCUGAUUCUAGGAAGUUGAAAGCAAAGAUACGAAAUACUUUUCAGGAGUUCUUGGAGACGAGGGGAGUAAACAAUGAGAUGUCUGCUUUCUUGCAUGAAUACAUGAGGAACAAAGAACGGGUGGAGCAUCUUAGGUGGUUGGAAAAUGUGAAGACAUUGCUUCAAAAGUAAAAGAGUGUGUUUGUCAAUAAGGAGCGAGCCAUUAAGGAUAGCCUCAGCCUGCAUCUCGUCUCUUGGAGAUGACAGUCUCAACCUCAAGACCAUAUGGUGAAGUGGUAUUAAUGUUGAGUCGCCACUAUGGGGAUAGCUUCUGCAGUCAACGUGGAAAUCCUCAUCGUUCCUGUUGUACCUCUGUGAAUUGUGCUAGAGAGAAGAAUGAAGGUAUCUGCGAGUUGAAAUCGUGAAGACAUGAUUCAUGGUCUUCGUGUCAUCUUUCAGACUGCAGGCAUGGUUAGCCGAAGAAAUGCUCUGCCUUUGGCUAGUUAUCGUAAUGUUCUCUGUUUUUCUUACAAGGGAUUUAUCUUGUCAUGUUCUUGGUGUGGUUGUGUUUAGUAUUUCAUGCACACAACACGGCGAACUCUCUUGUGAUAGAAUGGCAACUCAUCUAUUUCCAUGAGUCCA